AGAAGAAAGUGCAGAUCUGGCGAUCUUGAUGCUUUGGUGUGAAGAGAUAUGGGUGCCAAGACAAAUGCAAUCGUGGUACGUACGUGCCAAAGAUUGCAAGAAGACAACAGAUGAGAUGGCCUGCGCUCGCGCUUGUGUGCCUGUUGAUCUCUGCCUGCAGGUGUGUGCGUUGGCUUACAUGGCCUUUAAUUUCUACAAACUGUGGCGAGAAGUGCAGCCACCCGUGUUGCAGGAGGGAUCUGUGGCGAGCCAUCCAUUGUCCAACGAAAUAAAGGUAGCUGUACCCACAACAAACAAACACGGACCGACAGACACCCACGCGUGCGUGUAUCUCUGUGGCUGCAGGAGGGCGAGAAGGUCACUUUGAGCUUCACCAUCAUCAGCACCAAGCGAGCGAAGCGGAAGGGCAAAGACGGCCAGCUGCAGCUCUACCCGCUCGGCAACCUGUCAGUGCCCUAUCGGUGGAGCGGCUCGGACGCCCUCCCGAGGCUGAGCAAUGAGAAGGAGGGACAGUGGUGGGUGCUCUUCAACCCGACGGCAUUCCACCAUUUCGAAGCCAAGCUACCGCACCAACUGAGGUCAGGAUGGUGUCAUCUGGGGGGGCUGGGGGGCUGAACGAUUGCCUGUGUGUGUGUGUGUGUGUUUAUCCCUGCAGGCGGAAUGCGACUCUCUACUUGCGAGUGGAUGCGAUCACACGUGGCUCAUCUGUGCAUCGCAUCAUCGAGACUGAGCUGACGCACCCGACCAUACCAGGUAGGUCCUCGACAACAGAUGAUCCAACACACAUCCAAGACAAAACCUAUCGAUAUACAUACCUGCUGUGUGGUGCUCAGAUUCGGUCAAGACACCGAAGCGCUAUCUGCUGUUGGAUCCGUGGGGCACUGAGCUGAAGAGGAAGCACCAGUGGAUGAGGGACUAUCACAUCGGGGGCGACGGCCACGCACCGCCACCUGUCCUGGGCAUCCCCUCCUUCAUUGAGGCAAGUGCAGGGGAGGUCACGGCCAGACAGCCACAUGGCGUCUGUGUCUGUCUCAUCAGGUUGGUUUGGUGACGGAGCACCGUGUCCUUGAUGGCAUCAUCCUGGCACACAAACUGCCGAGGGACUCCAUCGACGGCCGCAGGAAGGUAUGCAGCUCGACCGCCAAGCACAACAACACAAACUGAAUGAUUUUACCAUGUGUGCAGACGUUCGGAUUUCCCCCUCACGUGAACAAGUACCUGACGCCCCGCGACCAGUACACUCCCCUGGUGGCCUACGAGACCCUCUAUAACAUCACCAAGCAGGAGGACACGCAGAGUGGCGACGGCGACAGCGACAAACAGGAGGAGCCCACACUCAAGAUCAGAUACAAACCGAUAGGUACGUCACUCCCUCCCGCCACUCCGUCGGCCGGUCGCCUCAGUAUGAGUGGUGUGUGUGUGUGUGUGAUGUGGCGUAGGCAUGGCGUUUUGGAUGUUUCAGUUCUUCCUGGGGCACAGCUUUGAGUCGAUGGAGAAGUGGGGCUUCAAUGAGUAUGACAUCGACUCGCUCAAAAUGAUGGUACGCAAGCGUUGCAACGAGCAGCACCACAAAAAGACAGACAGACAGACAGACCUUCUUGAGCUUUGUCGUGUCCAUCGCUGGCAGAUGACCGGCACGUCCCCCUGGCUGCUGUGCCUCACAUACGCCGUCUCCGUUGCUCGUAAGCCAUCCCUUCAGCCGCAGACACUGUCAGACAUAAACACACAUGGCCUGCCUGUCUGUGUCUGUUUUUAUCCAUCAGACCUUAUCCUGGAGAUCCUCGCCAUUGGGCACGGUACGCACCCACGGGGACAGAGCAAGUGAUGACGCGCGAGUGGUGUUUGUCUCUUUGUCUGGGUCUGCAGACAUCAGCUUUUGGCGUCGUGCGAGUGAGGACUCGAUUGGCGGCAUGUCGUCCAACAGCCUCCUCCUUGACAUCAUCAGUAGUGUCAUCAUACUGCUCUACCUGUGGGAGCAAAAUGAGACCGCCAUCAUACGGGUGGGUCAGCCGGGCAGGACAAAUCCGCUCCCACGAUCUCGCUCUGCAUGUGUGUGUGUGUGUCAGUAUCUUGUGUUCGCGAGGACGGCGCUUGACGUGUGGAAGCUGAGCAAGCUGGUCAGUGGCUCCCAGCACAUGACCCCUCUAUGCCCAUCCAUCCCACACACACACACGUGCCCUCUGUCCUCCAUUCUUGCAGGUGGACUUCACUCUCAAGGCGAGCUUCCCCUUUAUCCACUUACGAAGGAAAGAGCUUACCAGGAGCAGCAGCAGCGGUGGCAAGGACGACGACACGAAGGGCGCCGCCGCCCGCGAGGCGGCCCUGGAGCGGUUCGAGAGCAAGUGUAUGCGUGUGCUGGGCGGGGGCUGCCUGGUGCUGGUCAUGCUGGUGGCCGCCUACCAGCUGGUGUACGAGAAGCAGAAGUCGUGGGUGUCCUGGGUGAUUGAGAGCCUCGCCAUGUGCGCCUACACGGGCGGGUUCGUGAGCAUGACACCGCAGCUCUUCCGCAACUAUCAGCUGCGGUCGGUGGAGCACCUGCCGCUGGUGGUCUUCUGCUACCGCUUCUGCAACACCAUCAUCGACGACCUCUUCUCGCUGCUGAUCCGGAUGCCCGAGAUGCACCGGAUGAGCGUGUUCCGCGACGAUGUGGUGUUCGUGCUGCUGCUGUACCAGAGGUGGAUAUACAGGAAAUCAAGACCGAUGGACGACAAAGAUGCCGCGGCAGUGAGCACCAGGGAGUCGUCCGAGGCGGCCGACAAAGCCAAGAGAGAGUGAUGUGGAGGCACUGGUGGACGGACAAGUGUCUGUGUGUGUGUCGUGUCGAUAUGGACGACUGUCUGGAGUGUCUGUUGUUGCGUGCUGCGCGUGCGUGAGCACGAGCUGAUAAUUAAUUCGGUAAUUCGACUCCUCCUACAAGCAUG